AUGUUGAUUAAAGAAUAUCGAAUAGUUCUUCCAAUGACCUGUGAAGAAUAUAAUAUAGGUCAAUUAUAUAUGAUAGCAAAGAAGAGUCAGUCAAUGAGCAGAGGUGAAGGUGUUGAAAUAGUAAAGAAUGAACCAUAUGAAAAUAUGAAUGUAGAGCAAUCUUGGAAUGGUUUCCCUUAUUGCAAAACAGUAUAUACAUGUCCUUUCUUUGGUGAUAAAUUCUCAAUUAGUAUAGAAUCAGUGCAUAAAGAUGGAAAUGAUGACGAGGAGAAUGUAUUUGACUGCUCUGAGGAUAUUCUGAGUCAGAGAAUAAUUGACCAUAUCGAUAUCGCCAAUGACCACAUUGAAAAGAAAGAUUAUAUUAAAGAGGAGGAUCCACGGUUCUUCUUGUCAAAGAAAACAUCCAGAGGCUUACUAAACACUCCAGAUUGGAUGUCAAGAGUAUCUCCAUCAAUGACAUGUUAUAAAUUAGUAAAGGUGGAAUUCAAUAUUUGGGGAUUCCAAACUAGAAUUGAAAAUAUUAUUCAUUCUAUCGGACUUAGAGAUACUUUAUUGAAAUCUCAUAGGUCAUUGUUUUGUUGGAUAGAUGAAUGGUUUGGAUUGAACAUUGAUGAGAUUAGAAAGAUUGAAAAUAAAGUUGUAGAGCAUCAACACCACCAAGAAGAGUUGCAGGAAAUUAAGAACAUUCUUGCUUAA